GUCACUCCCACAGUCUCUCUUGCUUCUGCCCAUCCCCGGCAGCUCUGAUGUAGUGUCAGUUGCUAACAAGAAGACGUGUUUUAUGUUGCUUAAAAUAUUACCUGUUGCUGAUCUCUUUUAUUUUUUAGUCUACAAUGUUUACAUGUAGACAAAAUGGAAUAAAACCGCCCCCUGUGCAAGCUUUUAGUUGGAUGACAGCUGAAAUUAUUUUAACACAUGUGUUUUGCUGAAAAUGUUUAGCUCUUAUGCAGCUUGAUACUUUUUAUUUUAUUUGGGAUUUUUAUAUUUUUCUGAGAAGGUAAAAAACAGUUAAUAUUUACCUUGUUUCUCAAUUACAUUUUUUUGGUGGGCAAAGGCCUAUUUCACAACAGCAGGUGACAAGAAGCGUUCACUAUGGCUGGAGGUGGCAAUGAUGGGGGCCAUAAAAGCACCAGUCAGAGUGAAUAUGACCACCAGUACUGUGAGCUAUGUGGGAAGAUGGAGAACUUAUUGCGUUGUGGCCGAUGCCGGAGCUCCUUCUACUGCAGCAAAGAACACCAGAGACAGGACUGGAAAAAGCACAAGCUGGUUUGUAAAGGAACUUCUACAACUAACCCUGCACCAGACUCUGCUCACAUUGCAGUUAAUAGCAACCCCCAAAAACAACAGAACCAGCUUUCUUCCUCAUCUCCCCUAGCAACGUACUCCUCAGACAUUAAGUCCCCAAGUGAGGCUGCAGCAGUGGGCGCUGAAACUUUGGGAACUGAAGCUGCCACAGACAGGGCAAGGGGUGCUGUCAUACCAGGGUCUGGUGGAACAAAGCAACAAGAAGUGGUAGUUGGUGGGGCAACAUUGAGGGCCAUCAAGGAGGAGGAUUAUACACAAACAUCUGGGGAGGCUGGGGGUAGCAGCGCAGCAAGGCGAAGGGCGGACGAAUUAGGGAGGCCGAAUGGUCAGGCUAAGUUGCUGUCCCAGAAACUUGCCCUGGGGUACAUCAUCCCCUGCAUGAACAAACAUGGCAUCUGUGUGUUGGAUGAUUUCCUGGGGCAAGAGGUAGGGGAGAAGAUUAUCAGUGAGGUGAAAGCAUUGCAUAGUACUGGCCGCUUUACAGAUGGGCAGCUUGUGAGCCAGAAGAGUGAUUCAUCCCGUGAUAUCCGCGGUGACCAGAUUACCUGGGUAGAGGGUAAGGAAGCUGGCUGUAAAGCAAUAGGGGAUCUUAUGAACUGUAUGGAUGAUCUGAUCCGACACUGCAAUGGCAAGCUUGGCAACUUCAGGAUUAACGGCAGAACUAAGGCAAUGGUAGCUUGUUACCCAGGAAAAGGAACAGGAUAUGUACGGCAUGUUGACAAUCCGAAUGGCGAUGGCAGAUGUGUCACUUGUAUAUACUACCUAAAUAAAGAUUGGGACGCAAAGGUGAAUGGAGGUGUGCUUCGAAUUUUUCCUGAAGGGAAAGCCCAGUUUGCAGAUAUUGAACCUAAAUUUGAUAGACUGUUGUUUUUCUGGUCCGAUCGACGCAACCCUCAUGAAGUUCAGCCAGCCUUUGCCACAAGGUACGCUAUAACAGUGUGGUAUUUCGAUGCAGACGAAAGAGCACGAGCUAAAGAAAAAUAUCUAACAGGUGAAAAGGGAGUGAGAGUUGAACUCAACAAAUCCUCUGAUUCACUUGUAAAAGAAGUAUUUUAAGGCCUUGUUGCAAGCAGAAGUGAUUAACAUAUUUUGUCAACAUCUUCUAGUCAUAAAAAGACCCCUUACCAUGCAUUUCAGUCAGUAUUGCUGCUUCCUUGAUCAUACAAUUGGGUUAACACUUGAUUUCUUCUGGAUCUGUAAAGCAAAGGGUUGAAAGCUAAAAAAACACAACUUCUUUAGGACAUUGAACCAUACUGACCCAAGAGGAAAUUCUAUCCUGGCACUGAUUAAAGAAAUACAAAUUAAUAUAAUGAAUUGCUUAAUAAAGAUGAUUUUACCUUAAGAUGUUAAAUAUCCAAGGCCAUCUGUCUCAGAUAUAUAUUUUUAUUUCAGCAUUCAGUUCAACAUCGUUUUUCCAAUCACAAUAAAAUUGGUCUUCAUUGUUAACCAUAUAAUUAAUUUACCCAUAUAUUUCAUUUCUUUAUUUUCUUUCCUUUGGAAAGAAGGCUCAGAAAACGAAGAUUUCGAUCAAUUAUGAAAUAUCCUUUUUUUUCUACUUUAUAUUAAUAUUCUGAAUGUUUAAAUAAUGAAGGUUCAUUAAACGAUUCUCCUUUAAAAUGUUGUAGGCUGCUGGGUUCAUGAGAGUAUUAUCAUAUUUUCAAGAAAAGUAUGUACAUUAAAAAAAUAAAAAUACAGACCUCAGUUAAUGGAAAAGAA